GUAGAUUUUAAGGUUAUGUUUUUGAAUGUUUAUUGUUCUCCACAAAGUAAGUGUUUUUCUGUAUUAAAUCCCACUAAAAAUGGCAUCUACCGAUAAAUUAAAGAAAAAACUACAAAACGCCCUCAAAUUAAGCGGUUUUAGCGUUAGAAGAGAAUUUUGUCAUUUAAUCGUUGAUAAAUUGCUUUCGGAAAGUAUUAAUUUACAAGAAAAUAUUACUUUUGAUGGCGUGAUUAAAAAUCUUUGUGAUAGUUUGGAGAAUCAGUGUUUAUCUGAAAAGAGUAUCGAGAGGAUUCAUAUCGAAAGGGCCAUUGAAGUAUGUUUGCAUUCAGGGUAUGAUAGACAUGAAACAAUAUUCAAUAUUAUCAACGCUUUCGAUUUCCCCAAACUUUCAUAUAACACAGACAGAAAACUAUAUUCACUUGCUCCCAAUAAGUCAAGACUGUUAGCAGAUGCAGAUGUUAAAGCAAAACUCUUCUUGGAAAGAUAUCAUUCAAUUUUACAAAGAACAAAAAGGAAUUUUCAACAAAAGGCAACUUUAAACGAAAAAACUGCACUUAAACUGCAAACGGUUGAUUACCUUUUGACUUUAUCGAAAGUUACAUUGGAUAGAACAUUGAUUUUGGGUUCAUUAUUGGAAGUUUCAGAGGGAAAAUAUUAUUUGGAGGACCCUAGUGGAAUUGUUCAAUUAGAUUUAUCGCAUGCAAAAUAUCAUGGAGGAUUUUUUGCUGAAAAUUCAUUUGUGUUGGUGAAUGGGCAUUAUGAAGAUAGAAUUUUACAUGUUUCUACAAUGAUUCUACCUCCAGGAGAAGAAUAUAAGGAAUCUAGACCUUCAUUUGGAAACCUUAAUUACUUUGGAGGCACAUCAAAUAUCCCUUUAAAAGAUUCCCAAAGAUUGAAAGACCAUUUGGAUAAAAACAAAAAUGAAAUGAUUCUCUUUUUUUCUGAUGUAUGGCUUGAUCACUCACUGACCUUUGAAAAACUUGAAACCCUUUUCGAGGGUCUCGAACAUUCACCUCCCAUAGCAUUCAUUUUUAUGGGCAAUUUUAUGUCUGAAUCCCAUGGCAGUGAGUUAAUGGAAUCCUUAAAGAAAAAGUUUAAACAACUUGGUGAAUUGAUAAAUGGGUAUCCAAGUUUGGUGAAUUCUAGUCAAUUUGUGUUUAUUCCUGGACUUUCUGAUCCUGCCACACCCUACAUGGUACCAAGGUUGCCUUUACCGUCAUAUGUAACUGAGGAUUUAAAAAAGGUUCUCCCCAAAGCCAUUUUCGCCACAAACCCGUGCAGACUGCAGUAUUGCGAUAAAGAAAUUGUUAUUUUCAGAGCUGAUCUCAUAGCUAAACUUUUACAGGCCACCCUGUAUAAACCCCAAAAGGAUGAAAUUGCUUACUGUGCAACAAAUACAAUAGUAAGCCAAGGACACUUGAGCCCUCUGGCGUUAAAUGCCUUAACUGUUCACUGGGAUUUUGACUAUUGUUUAAGGCUAUUUCCCCUACCGGAUCUGGUAGUUAUUGGAGACAAAGCGGAAAUGUUUCAGGGUACACAUUUUAAGUGUACUGUUGCCAAUCCUGGUCCUUUCUGCGAUAGUGGGUUCCAGUUUAAAGCUUAUACACCUUAUGCAAACUCUAUUGAUGAUUGUGUUUUGUAGAUAUUUAUUUAAUUUUUAAUAAUA